AUGUUAUUCCAUGCUGUGUCGCUUCACGUCCUGUUUGUGCUCUUGAACCUGAUAGGUUCAGCGUACGGGUACAUCCCAGCGCAGCCUUCUAACGACACGAGCCAGAUAAAUGGCAUGAAUACAUCAAGGUUGAUUCUUCAGUGGUACCCCAACGGCUCGGAUUGGGAGUACGUGUCCUAUCAACUUGUGGGCGCAAAUAGCAAUGGUACCACUAAGGGGGCCCUCGUACACUUCACUGAGAGUUUAGCGAUGAACGAGACAUCAACCACUCCUUGGAUAGCUCUGGUAUCAUGCGAUGCCAAUUCGACGGACUUCUCUGAGGAAGUCGACAUAUUUACGAUGGCGAACAGCUCAGGUGCUCAAUCUGCUCUUCUGUAUUCUCUUUAUUCCAGCACUUGCGUCAUCAAUCCAGAGUAUGCUGAUCCCGCUAAUUUUGAUCAAGUCUUCGAUAUAUUUUCAACUCAGUCGACAUCGGUCUCGAGAAACAUUGAAUACGAGUUCGGGCAAGGUGGACGCACGAAUCUAUCUGUUUAUGGGAAUUUCGAUGCAACUACCUUGAACGCAUCGGACACAACUAUCAGUCAGUCUAUAGUGUCAGGCUAUCCUACCGUUCCUGGAUAUCUACUUGCAACUUUGCAAGCUUGGAAUGCGACGGGAACUAACUCUACUGGGACAAGCAGUAAUGACAAUGGUUCCACUGGUUCGACUACGAAUCAAGGCAGUAAAAAAGAGACAGGUUUCACUAUGAUCAUCCUGUAUGCUAUCACCGGCUGUGUUUCAGCUUUGUUUUGCAUCGUCAUCAUCUCGGGGGCAGUUAGGGCAAUACGCCAUCCUGAGAGAUACGGUCCCCGAAUUGCGACUGGUGACCUCCGUCUUGCACGCGGCGGGAGCCAAAGCCGAGCCAGAGGUCUUGGACGAGCCAUUUUGGACACGUUCCCCAUUGUGAGGUUCGGCACUGUGCCGGACAAUCGGGUGGAUCCCACUUAUCCAAGUCUCAAAGACGGCGAAUUGCCUCCUGUGAAUGCUAAUACAGCACUGCAGCAGACAAAUGAUGCAGUGGAGAUGAGCACUAUCUCCAGUCAGGCGGUCCAGCAACCGUUACAAUCAGUGGGAAGGAUUACUGAGAGAUACAUUUCUACUACUGUUGCCACAACAAGCGUGCAUGGUCAGGAGUCCAAUGCACGAGCUGUACCUCGGUUGACGCUUCCACGACUGCCUGCUACUUCCGACGCGCCACCAUCCUCAGCACGGGAUGUCGAUCCGCUGAUGCCAGAGGCAAUCGGACGUGAGACAUGUCCCAUCUGUAUCGUUGACUUUGAAGAGGGUGAUGAACUAAGGGUAUUGCCUUGCGAAGGAAAACAUCGUUUCCAUCAGACAUGUGUUGAUCCAUGGCUUUUAGAGCUUUCGAGUUCUUGCCCAUUAUGUCGACAAGACUUUCACGCUCUUGAAGCGAUGUUGUCAGGGUACGCGGGUGGUCGUGAUACUCUUUCUGUAUUUCCUUCCAACCGGCGUAUCAGCCAAGCACCCUCGAACCAACAAAAUCGCUUUUCUCGCUAUUUACGAUCUGCACGGCGGCGGCACCGUGAGCUUGAAGAAAACGAUGAUGAUGCUACAGACCCGUCUAUGUCCGCGACUGUUGACAAUUCACUAUGA